AUGGCUGAAUCAGAACCUCGCGAUUCUGUUUCUUCCCCCAAGUUCACUGCAGAGAAAUUUGUGAAGGAGCAAGCGUCCAUGAAAUCCGAUCUCCGAUUAGCGCGCUCGAAGCUGACAAAAUCACUGGAUCAAAUACUUGCUUUCAAGGAGAAACUGCAGAAUGCUUUCGAUGAGAAUGCUAAGCCCGCCCAUGGGGAGAGGAUGAAAAGCUUCGGAGAGGGAUGGAGUCCUUCGACUAAGUCUCUGUGUGAUCAACUUACUGAGACUCUGAAGCACUUGGCUUCUCAGAUUCAACAAGCGGUGAAGGACAAGGAGCGUUUUGAGUUCAAGUUCUCUACUAGUGUGGACGCGAUUAACUCUUUGAAGCAGCAAAUGAAAGAUCUAUCUGUAAAACUGAGUGCUUCUGAAGAAAACAUCAAAAGCCAAGAGAAGGAACUAGAAGAGCUACAACUCGAGAAAGGACAGAAAGAAAAAUCUUACCAAAAUGAACAGUGUAGAACUUCCAGUUUCUCAAACGAGAAAGAUGCUAUGAUAAAAAAUUCUGAAGCAACUAUAGCCAAAGAAAAACUCAACAUUGAGAAUUUGAACUUCCAAAUUGAGAAGGUGAGGCUUGAGUUAGCAUCAAAAGAAGCUGAAGGCAAAUACAUUGUUGGCGUCAAGGAGAAGCUGGAACAAGAGAAUAUGAAUAUUCAGCUGACUGCUGAUAAUCUGUCUGAGUACAUUGAAGCCAUGAUCAGGCACUGCAGGGACAUUAUCAAGGACGACAAGGUUACUGAAACCAUAGCCAGCAACAACGAAUACUCACUUCUGUGCGAUGAUUUUCCCAUCUAUUCUUCUGGAGAAGAAGGUGACACCUCCGGGGAUGAUGAUUACGACGAUGAUGAUGAUGAAAACAGCAAGAAAGGAAUAGACGAUCAGUGUGAAGAGCGUGCAUGGAAAAGUGCUCAUCUCAGAUCAGUUUCAUCAAGUUCCUUUGGGGCAGAAAAAGAUUCAUCCGAUACUGAUACAGAAGGAUACAGAGGUAAUACCCGAUGCCCAAAAAGGUCUGAAAUUCUGGCCAUAUUAUUAGCCUGCCAUCCCGACAAUAUAGCCAACAAUACUCCCCUGCCGCCUACCCUGCCGUCCCGAAUUUCUCUUUACUAUGCAGAGAUGUGUCUCAGUAAGGAGAGAUUUGACCUACUAAAGGAAUCAAAGCCCCAAGGUAAAAUAGGUAUUUCUGAUACUAAAGGCCGAUUGCAUUUGUUCUGGAAGCCAAGGCCUCUAGAUCGAAAGCAUAUAGCCAAGAAAAGACAAAUGGAGAGGCGGACAGUGGUUGCCGGCUCCAUUCGAGAUCAGUUAUUUCAUGGUCUGUGUUGGGCGUAUUCCUUAUGCGACAUGGUAAGUGCUUCUUUGGUGCUUCACGGCUGGGAGAAGGAAUUUACACCGUUGUGUCCAAGAUACUUGUACGAGAAUGUGCGUCCGGACUUGUAUGGAAAAGAAUUAAAAGAAGGCGCAGAUUUAAGGAAUAUCACAGUCCAUAGCUGCUAUGGUCUGUCUUUGGAAGAUGGGUUGGCGUAUGUGCAGGAUUCUGGGAUUCCCAAAGAGAUGGAUCCGGUCUUUAACUGCAAUGUCAAACGGGCAUCUGAUCCGGGGGAGAAGAUGUACCACAUCACCGAUGUUUUUAAAUAUGAAACAAUGGAACAAGCCUUGGUACGCCUUAAGAGUCAUCCUGUUGCUGCAAAACUGACGUUAUUCGAUGGAUGGAAGAGUGACAGGAUAUAUAGAGGCCCUAUUAAGAAAGGAGCUGAAUACAAGGGUGAACACGAGGUGUUGAUGCUCGACUGCUUGCUAGUGGAUGGUGAAAUGGUCAUACGUUGCAAAAGUAGCAAUGGUGGGCGUGAUGGAGUUUCGGGAUACAUAUAUGUUUCCCUUGAAGUGAUGUUUCUCCUUGCCGGUAAAGAUGACGGCAUAUUCUGCUUCAAAAAACCUCAAUAUCUCCUCAGUGAUUUCUUCUCCAUAGGAAUGGAAACAGGUCCGCUGGGAUUACAGUUCAAAGAGAUGCCCAACCGCAAAAAGAGAAACUACAAGAAGUUUAAGGUCAUCCUUAAACAAACAACAACUGAUAGUAGUGAGUCAUCGGAGAACAAUUGCAAGAGUGCGUUAAAUCUUCGUCUGGCUGGUAUUGAAGACACGGCGGAGCAUUUGGAGACGCAGCUGACUUCUGAAAUAUCAAACAUGUCACUGGAGAAAGCACUGACGCUGGCUCGUGCCUUCAGCCAUGUUCUUAACUUGAUGGGAAUUGCCGAAACUCAUCACAGAGUUCGUAGAGUCCGUAACCUUCCACAGCUUUCAAGAUCAUGCAACGAUGUAUUCAGUAGUAACCUAUUGCAAAGUGGUGUAUCCCCGGAUGAGCUUUAUGACACAGUUUGCAAGCAGGGGGUUGAAAUUGAUCUUACCGCACACCCCACUCAAGUAAACCAGAGAAUCUUGCAGCACAAACAUAUCAGAAUGGCUCAUCUUCUAGAAUAUAACGACAGACCAGACCUUGGAUUUGGAGAUCGAGAAACGGUCAUUGAGGAUCUGCUUUUGAAGACAAGAAGGCUUCUGGAACUUCUUCUUGAGGGUCUUCCUUGUGAAUAUGAUCCUUGGGAUUACUAUGAAACACCAGACCAACUUUUGGAACCACUACUUGUCUGCUAUGAAUCUCUGCAUUCAUCUGAUUCCGAAGUUCUAGCUGAUGGCCGGCUUGCUGAUUUGAUCCGUAGAGUUGCUACCUUCGGCAUGGUUUUGAUGAAACUUGAUUUACGACAGGAAGCUGCAAAGCAUUCCGAAGCUUUGGAUGUUAUUACAACAUACUUGGACAUGGGAACAUAUAGUGAAUGGGAUGAAGAGAAGAAGCUCGUGUUUUUGACAAGAGAACUGAAAGGGAGACGUCCUCUUGCUCCCCCAAAUAUUGAGGUCGGUCCUGAAGUAAAAGAAGUGCUAGACACUUUCCGAGUUGCUGCUGAGUUAGGAAGUGAAUCACUGGGAGCUUACGUGAUUUCCAUGGCUUCAAACGCAAGUGAUGUCCUAGCUGUGGAACUUGUACAGAAAGAUGCCCGUCUUGCCGUCAGUGGUGAGCUGGGAAGACCAUGUCCUGCUGGAACACUGCGAGUGGUUCCUCUUUUUGAAACGGUGAAGGAUCUAAGAGGCGCUGGCUCGGUGAUAAGGAAGUUACUAUCAAUUGAAUGGUACAGAGAACACAUGGAAAAGAACCACAGUGGACACCAAGAGGUGAUUGUUGGAUAUUCUGAUUCUGGAAAGGAUGCUGGUCGCUUUACUGCAGCAUGGGAACAACACAAAGCCCAGGAGGUUGUUGUGGGUGCUUGCAAUGAAUUUGGCAUCAAAGUUUCCUCAAGUCAUUGA